GGAACUGAACACCAAGUGCGUGGUGGAGAUGGAAGGGAAUCAAACGGUCCUGCACCCUCCUCCUUCUAAUACCAAACAGGGAGAAAGGAAACCUCCCAAGGUAUUUGCCUUUGACUACUGCUUUUGGUCUAUGGAUGAAUCUAACACUACAAAAUAUGCUGGUCAAGAAGUGGUUUUCAAGUGCCUUGGAGAAGGAAUUCUUGAGAAAGCCUUUCAGGGGUACAAUGCUUGUAUUUUUGCUUACGGACAGACAGGCUCAGGAAAAUCCUUCUCCAUGAUGGGCAAUGCUGAGCAGCUGGGCCUUAUCCCAAGGCUCUGCUGUGCUUUAUUUAAAAGGAUCUCUUUGGAGCAAAAUGAGUCACAGACGUUUAAAGUCGAAGUAUCCUACAUGGAAAUUUAUAAUGAGAAAGUUCGGGAUCUUUUAGACCCCAAAGGGAGCAGGCAGUCUCUUAAAGUUCGUGAGCAUAAAGUGUUGGGGCCAUAUGUAGAUGGUCUUUCGCAACUGGCAGUCACUAGUUUUGAGGAUAUUGAGUCUUUGAUGUCUGAGGGGAAUAAGUCUCGGACAGUAGCUGCAACCAACAUGAAUGAAGAAAGCAGCCGCUCCCACGCCGUGUUCAACAUCAUAAUCACGCAGACGCUUUACGACCUGCAGUCUGGGAACUCAGGAGAAAAAGUCAGCAAGGUCAGCUUGGUGGACCUGGCGGGCAGCGAACGAGUUUCUAAAACAGGUGCCGCAGGAGAGCGACUGAAGGAAGGCAGCAACAUCAACAAGUCACUUACAACAUUGGGAUUGGUUAUAUCAUCACUGGCCGACCAGGCAGCUGGCAAGGGUAAAAACAAAUUUGUGCCUUAUCGAGAUUCAGUCCUCACUUGGCUUCUUAAGGACAACUUGGGGGGCAAUAGCCAGACCUCUAUGAUCGCCACCAUCAGCCCAGCCGCAGACAAUUACGAAGAGACCCUGUCCACGUUGCGAUAUGCGGACCGAGCCAAAAGGAUCGUUAAUCAUGCCAUAGUGAAUGAGGAUCCCAAUGCGAAAGUCAUCCGGGAACUGCGGGAGGAAGUAGAGAAACUGAAAGAGCAACUGUCACAGGCUGAGGCUAUGAAGGCCCCUGAACUAAAAGAGAAGCUCGAAGAGUCUGAAAAGCUGAUAAGAGAACUAACCGUGACUUGGGAAGAGAAGCUGAGGAAAACAGAAGAAAUUGCACAGGAGCGACAACGGCAGCUUGAAAGUAUGGGGAUCUCCCUGGAGACGUCUGGUAUCAAGGUUGGGGACGACAAGUGCUAUUUAGUCAACCUGAACGCAGAUCCUGCCCUCAAUGAACUUCUGGUUUAUUAUCUAAAGGACCACACCAGGGUGGGCGCAGACACCUCUCAGGACAUCCAGCUCUUUGGCAUAGGGAUUCAGCCCGAGCACUGUGAGAUUGACAUUGCGCCUGAUGGAGAUAUCACGCUCACUCCGAAAGAGAAUGCCAGGUCCUGUGUGAACGGCACCCUUGUGUGUAACCCUACCCAGCUGUGGCACGGUGACCGAAUUCUGUGGGGAAAUAACCACUUCUUUAGAAUUAAUUUACCUAAGAGGAAACGGCGAGACUGGUUGAAAGAUUUUGAAAAAGAAACAGGCCCUCCAGAGCACGACUUAGACGCUGCCAGUGAAGCUUCCUCAGAACCAGACUAUAACUAUGAAUUUGCCCAGAUGGAAGUUAUCAUGAAAACGCUCAACAGUAACGACCCAGUUCAGAACGUGGUUCAGGUCCUGGAGAAACAGUACCUGGAGGAGAAGCGGAGCGCGCUGGAGGAGCAGCGACUCAUGUACGAGCGGGAGCUGGAGCGGCUCCGCCAGCAGCUCUCUCCUGAGCGGCAGAGCCAGAGCAGCGGCCCCGACCGCCUGGCCUACAGCAGCCAGACCGCCCAGCAGACGGUGACCCAGUGGGCGGAGGAGAGGGAUGAACUCUUCCGCCAAAGUUUGGCAAAAUUGCGUGAGCAGCUAGUUAAAGCGAAUACCUUGGUACGGGAGGCGAACUUCUUAGCUGAGGAGAUGAGCAAACUCACUGACUACCAGGUGACCCUGCAGAUCCCCGCUGCGAACCUCAGUGCCAAUAGAAAGAGAGGUGCGAUCGUGAGCGAGCCAGCUAUUCAGGUGAGAAGGAAAGGAAAGAGCACCCAGGUGUGGGCCAUCGAGAAGCUGGAGAAUAAGUUAAUUGAUAUGAGGGAUCUUUAUCAAGAAUGGAAGGAAAAAGUUCCUGAGGCAAAGAGGCUCUAUGGGAAGCGAGGGGAUCCUUUCUAUGAAGCCCAGGAGAAUCACAACCUAAUCGGUGUGGCUAAUGUGUUCUUGGAGUGCCUCUUCUGUGAUGUGAAGCUGCAGUAUGCAGUUCCCAUCAUCAGCCAGCAGGGGGAGGUGGCGGGGCGCCUGCACGUGGAGGUGGCGCGUGUGACGGGCGCCGUGCCGGAGCGCGUGCUGGAGGACGACUCGUCGGAGAACUCUAGCGAAAGCGGCAGCCUAGAGGUGGUGGACGGCAGCGGCGAGAUCGUCCACCGUGUCAAGAAACUGACCUGCCGGGUGAGUAGGCGGCACUGUGGGUUUGCGGCUCCCGCCUCCACCCCUGAAGGGUGGCUGCGAGACUAUGUGGUGAACGUAACAGAAGAAUUCCUGGAGUUCAUCUCAGAUGGAGCUCUGGCGAUUGAGGUGUGGGGUCACCGCUGUGCUGGAAAUGGGAGCUCCCUCUGGGAAGUGGAUUCUCUCCACGCGAAGACAAGAACACUGCAUGAUAGGUGGAACGAAGUCACUCGCAGGAUAGAAAUGUGGAUCUCCAUAUUGGAGCUGAACGAGCUGGGGGAGUAUGCUGCAGUGGAGCUCCAUCAGGCGAAAGAUGUCAACACAGGAGGCGUCUUUCAGCUCAGACAGGGCCACUCCCGGAGAGUGCAAGUCACCGUGAAGCCCGUGCAGCAUUCAGGGACGCUGCCCCUCAUGGUUGAAGCCAUCUUGUCAGUGUCCAUCGGCUGUGUGACUGCCAGGUCCACCAAGCUCCAAAGAGGGCUGGACAGUUACCAGAGAGAUGAUGAGGAUGGUGAUGAUAUGGAUAGUUAUCAGGAAGAAGAUUUAAACUGUGUAAGAGAGAGAUGGUCUGAUGCCCUCAUUAAACGACGAGAAUACUUAGAUGAGCAGAUUAAAAAAGUCAGCAAUAAAAAAGAGAAGUCAGAGGACGACUUGGAGCGGGAAGCCCGGCUGGUGGAGCAGUGGGUCGGGCUGACGGAAGAAAGGAACGCAGUACUGGUGCCUGCACCCGGCAGCGGGAUUCCCGGGGCGCCUGCAGACUGGAUCCCACCAGCUGGAAUGGAGACCCACAUACCAGUUCUGUUCCUUGAUUUGAAUGCGGAUGACCUCAGUGCUAAUGAGCAGCUCGUGGGCCCCCACGCGUCAGGUGUGAACUCCAUCCUGCCCAAGGAGCAUGGCAGCCAGUUCUUCUACCUGCCCAUUAUAAAGCACAGUGACGAGGAGGUCUCUGCCACCGCCUCUUGGGACUCCUCGGUGCAUGAUUCUGUUCACUUGAAUAGAGUGACCCCCCAGAAUGAAAGGAUUUACCUGAUAGUGAAGACCACGGUCCAGCUCAGCCACCCGGCCGCUAUGGAGUUAGUAUUACGAAAGCGGAUUGCAGCCAAUAUUUACAACAAACAGAGUUUCACCCAGAGCUUGAAAAGGAGAAUAUCGUUGAAAAAUAUAUUUUAUUCCUGUGGUGUCACCUAUGAAAUAGUAUCCAAUAUACCAAAGGCAACAGAGGAGAUUGAGGACAGGGAGACGCUGGCUCUUAUGGCGGCGAGAAGUGAAAACGAAGGCACGUCAGAUGGGGAGACCUACAUCGAGAAGUACACCCGCGGCGUGCUGCAGGUGGAGAACAUUCUGAGCCUUGAGCGCCUCAGGCAGGCUGUUACAGUCAAAGAAGCACUUUCCGCCAAAGCCCGGCACCUGAGACGGAGCCUCAGCACACCGAACGUUCAUAACGUCUCUUCUAGUCGAGCAGACCUUUCUGGCUUUGAUGAAGAUGAUAAGGGUUGGCUAGAGAACCGGCUGGACAUGUCUGACUACAGCUGCAGCUACCAAGACGUAGCCUGUUAUGGAACUUUACCCAGGGAUUCACCUCGAAGGAGUAAAGAAGGGAGUGGUUGCACAUCCGAGAACCCUCAUGCCUUAACAGUCAGCCCUUUUAAAGCAUUCUCUCCUCAGCCGCCAAAGUUUUUCAAACCCUUAAUGCCUGUAAAAGAAGAACAUAAGAAAAGAACAGCUCUGGAAGCAAGGCCCUUGCUAAGCCAGGAGAGCAUGCCUCCACCUCAGGCACGUAACCCUGGCUGCACUGUGCCCUCAGGAAGCAAUGGCAGCUGCAUGCCCGUAGAACACAGUAGCAAACGUGAGAAGAAGAUUGACUCUGAGGAAGAGGAAAGUGAGCUGGAGGCUCUUAACAGGAAGCUGAUAAGCUCACAGCCUUACGUCCCUGUGGAGUUCGCCGACUUCAGUGUUUACAAUGCCAGCUUGGAGAACAGGGAGUGGUUUUCUUCGAAAGUAGAUUUGACAAACUCAAGGGUCUUGGAGAAAGAAGUGUCCCGUAGCCCCACCACCAGCAGUAUUACCAGUGGCUACUUUUCCCACAGUGCCUCCAGUGCCACCCUGUCUGACAUGGUGGUCCCUUCCAGUGACAGCUCAGACCAGCUGGCCAACCAGGUGAAGGAUGCCGACUCCAGCGAGCAUUCUGGACCCUCUCUCUCAAGCAGAGAGCCGACGGAACUAGACAGAGGCCUGGUAAAGGAGAAGAUACUUACGGUGCCACUCAAGGAAAACAGUGCCUUAGCCAAAGGGAGCCCACCACCCCAAAGCAUCCCUGGAAAAAACUCCCAGGCUCUCUGUAGGCCUGGCUCGCUUUCAGAACAAGAUGCCUGCCCCAGCAAGAAUGGUCAACGGGCCAGGGAAUUCUGCCCCAGGGAGGUGACUGUAGAACACACCACAAACAUCCUGGAGGACCAUUCUUUCACAGAGUUUAUGGGUGUGUCGGAUGGGAAAGAUUUUGACGGUUUGACAGAUUCUUCUGCUGGAGAGCAUUCGAGUAGGAGGAAUCUACCAAAUAAAAUGGACAGUCAGAGUGUCUCAGAUGAGCCCCGAGACCCAAGCCAGCAGCACUCCUCGACGCAGGAUGACCAGGGGAGCGCAGCUGCUCGGUGAGCCGCAGCAACACGCAGCCGGCUUCUGCGUCCCCGGUCACCUUGCAAAAGCACCAGCUCCAUCUUUGAAACAUGCUGCGGCCGGCCGACCGACCUCAGGUCUCCGAGGAGAAGCCGUGGGCCACCAAGGCCACCUCCUUCCCCUCCCUUGGGGACAAGCGGCACUUUGUUACUCGGGUGAAUCGGCAGCCUCUGCUUUUCCCAAAAAGUCAGGGAACCGAAACUCCUGGAUGAAUUAAGUGGCAGUAUUUUCGUUUGCACUUAACUACACAACCUGCUGUGUAGAAACCUCCACAAAUUCAAACAGACUUUAUUCUUGUACAGUUUUAAUCAGUUCCUACUGUAGAAUCUGGAGUCGCUGUUCUAAUUUGUUGGGGUUUUUUUUUUUAUAAAUAAUAUAUAUUAUGUAAAUGAAAUGUGUAUCUAACGUAUGUCUGUUUGGAGACACGCAAGACUGCACACAAAAAUGCAGAUAAAAAUGGUUUGUAGAAAAUCAUAAGGUACUGGACUUUGUUACAAAGCAACUUGGACGGUCUCUUAUACAGAUAAAAAAAAGAUACUUUGACUAAGAAUGAGGUUGCAAAUCCCUCUUUGCAAAAAAGGUUACAGAAUGCUGUUCUUUAUAACCAAAGAACUUCCGUAAGACUGAACGUUUUUGCUGUCCACUCUUGUGUGUGUGUGUGUGCGUGUGUGUGUGUGUGUGUGAGAGAGAGAGAGAGAGAGAGUUUGGUGCCAUGCUUCCUGGGCUGCCAGGCCUCAUGCUGCCGUCUGUCCCGUUUCAUAAGCACACUGAAAAUAAAUCUCACAGCUGUAUUUUCUCGUCUUCCUCCUGGCCUGCGGACGCACAUUGUAACCAUUGACAAUAGCCUGGUGGCUAAUGCCCCGCACAGCCCACCCUGGGUUCAGCCCAGCCUGGCAGGUGGAAUGGAGUGAGCAGUAUUACUGUAAGAAAACCAGAAGCUACCAGGGGUUGGGGCUAGGGGGAGAGGGUGUUGGUUUUUGUCUCUUUGUGGUUUGGUUUGGGAUUGGUAGGUUUUGUAGUGAUGUGGUUUUGCUGUGUUAUUUUACUUAAUUCUGGAAAAUCUCAGAAGAGGUGGAACAAGCGAUAAAGUUCAAGGACACUCGCUUCACUGCGUCUGCAGGAGAUGACUGCUUACAGAGGACUCUGAGUCCAUGUCUUCGUUCGCGACAUCCUCCAUCUGACAGAAAUGUGGAAGGGUGAUGUGUGGGGAAAUUUUUGCAAAAGGACUUUAUGUCUGUGCUGUGUAGAUGCCUGUACAAUUGGUGUGGAUGUACAGCAAUACAUGUGAUUGUGAGGGAGAGAGAAUGUCCUUGAUCUUUGAACAUUUUAGCACCAGUAAAUCAGUAAGAUAUCGGAGACUUUAAUGAAAAGCUGCUGUUCAUGAUUUGUGUGUAUAGUGAGCUGACUGUAGUAUUUUACUAUUGUCUGUUUAAGAAAAAAGAAAAACUGUAAUUUAUAUCCCCCUUCAACUUUAUUAUAUUUAAUUGGUACAGAAUUGUGUGUGUGUGUGUAUGUUUUAGAAUACAAACUGUCUU